CUUGGUUUAAUUGUUGUACAACGCAUGUAUUGAUAAUAACUUGUUCCUUCUCUUCCUUUUUCUUUUCUUUUUCUUUGUUUCAAGAGAAAAGAAUAUAUAUCAUGUCUAGAUUUGACCCUUCUAAUUUUCAAAAAUCUACACAGCCUGAUAGUGGAGAACUUCUCUCGGAACUAGUAUCACUUUUUUCCAUUUCUAUCAUGUCCGUCCUCUUUGGCAUUAAAACAUUUAACGUGCAAUUCAAAUAUCUAUCUUAUUCACGUUGGCUUGUUUUGACUUUAUAUAUUUUGUCAUGGUCAUUUACAAUGUCUGCUGCUAUCUUUGCAUCAACAAAUAAUGGCAAUUAUAUGAGUUGUUUUCUUUCCGAGAUGACAUGCGACAUUUUUUAUUCAGGAACCAAAAUUGUCAUUUAUUGCUGGUUGAUUGAAAAAGUGUGGGUUGUUUCUGCAAGUCGUGAAUCGAGAUGGAAAACAAUAUCCUAUCGAUUUCAUAUAUUUCUUUUGACACCUUACAUAGCUAUUUUUACAUUAAUGAUUAUUUUUCAUAUAGCCGAAUUAGAGGAAACUGGCAUGUGUAUAAUUGGACUACAACCUAUUGCCAGUAUUCCAUUGCUUAUUUAUGAUUUUGUUUUCAACAUGUACAUGACCAUUUUAUUUGUAAGGCCUUUGGUACAUACAGGUGAUGGGGUUCGAGUAAAUUGGAAGGAAUCUCGACUUCAUCACGUGGCUAGACGUACAUUAGUUGCCUCUAUUGUCUCUCUUUUGGUUUCCUUGGCCAAUAUCAUGGCCUUGACUAUCUUGAACGGAAGAGAGCGAGGUGUUCUUUGUCUGUCAUGCUGUAUCAUUGAUGUCACCAUCAAUGUCAUUACUAUUCAUUGGGUUACAAAUACUGGCAAAAUAUCCAGUAAACUUUCAAAGAAUGUCAAUUCCAAUGCGACUUAUCCAAACACCCAUCAUUUGGAUAACAGAGACGUCAAGGAAGAAAACCAAUUACCGAUGGAUCGAUUUUCAAUGGAUGACGCUGUGCCCUCCUAUUAUGAUGCCAUAGCGAUACAUCAUGGCUAUGAAACUAGAUUUAAUGGUUAUAAAAAUACAAUUGAAGAAGAUUGUGUAUCUGAGAGUAGAAGAUCAUCUAUUCAAGAAUCUCAAAGUAGUAGAAAAUCCUUAACAAAACGCUAAUAAUUAUUAUGGGUAGUUGAAGCAUACAUGAUGUAUAUUCAAGUAAUAUGUAUUUAAAUAAAUAAAAAGAAUAGAUUAGG